AAGUUUUUGCAAGUGUGCAAGCAAACGUAGGCUGAUAAACUGUUAGAAUUCCUUUCUCUCUCUUAGUCUCUUAUGCUCCAUUCUUUAUAAUUCGGUGUCUGCUUCUACAGACUCAUCAUACCUUCUGGGGUUUGUCGUUUGCUUACGCGGUUUUCUCUUUCGGAAAUUCCAAUGCUCAUUUGAACAUUUUGCUUCAAUCUUUUCAUCCAACACUUUGUUUGCUCAAUUAUGUUCUCUCAUGGAGGUCAAACUCCUUCAAGGUAUGAAUUGCUGAGUAUGGUAAAGAAGCACUCUAAUUUGUUGGGGCAGACUAUAGUUGAUGAGCACGAUGCAUCAGAUGUUGAAUUGGAUCAAGCUUUUUGGCACGAUAUUCUGAAUCUAUAUUUCGUUCAAGGCAAGCAAUCAAGAGGACGCCAAGAUGAUGAUCUCAUAUUUUUUGUUAGGAAAAUGGUGCUUAAAUAUUUUGUUUCUCCUUCCACUGCAUGGAACAUCCAUGGACAUAGUUCUAGUGAUGACUUAAAUGCCAAUUCUCCUUACUUUGUACGCAGGUGGGCAUCUAAGUUGGAUAAUAUGGUUGGUGACAAUUUGAUGGAGGUGGAUUGGAGGCGAUCAUAUUAUUUGAACCUUAUUGCUCACACUUCAUUCACCGUAACUGUUGCUAUUUGCAGCAAUCAGGUCCUUCAACAUCAUCGAGUGGGGAAAGAUACAAAAUUGAGUCCUAUAUACAAGGUUGUAAAGACUGUUUAUGCAUCACCAAGCCGGGUCAAUUUUCAUUUGGAUUCUAGGAAGGAAGCAGAAACAUUUCCGGCAUAUCCUGAUAUAUGCUUUGCCAUCGAUGACUUUGAUUCCACAUUUGACACAGUGGUUUUGUCAGAUGCAGAUCAUUGCUACUGUGUGGUCCUUAAUGCACAUGCUGGGGCAGCAUUUCCUAGUGAAACGCCUGAGAAUGAAGUUUCUGACAAAUCACCAAAAACAGAAGAUUCUGGAACUAAUAAUAAAACCAAGGUUACUAUAUUUUCUGGAUUUGUGAGCUAUCAAAUGGUUCGUGAUGCAUAUGAUGCAGGGAGAAAUCGUUUUGGGAGUCUGCUUUCUUUCAGUCAUUCUUCAGGUAAAUUAGACAGAAUUUACAUGAAAGGUCCAGGCGGACGUGGAGAAGUUGAAGUUGCUGUUUCUGGUGUUGAAGAUCAAAGCCAGCAUUCAUCAAGGCCUUCUUCACCUGUUGAUUCAAAAAGUGGAUUUGGUUUUGCUACAAUUGUCCGGAGAGCUGCAUCUGUUGCUUCUGUUGCUGCUAAACAGGCUUAUGCAGCUGCUUCAAAUAAUUCAGAUGAUGAGAUGUUGCCUCUUAACUGCUCUUUAAUGUCUGUAUCAUUGCCUUGGGAACACAUUGCACAUGAUCUCUUGUUUAAGGGUGGUCCACCGGUGAGCAUGUGAUCUUUUAUCUUGCUGCGCAGAGGAUGCACAAUGCAUAACUAUCAAAUACACAAUUUGCAGAGUAUUCUAGAUGUUGGAUCUUCUGUCCAUAUCCUUAGAUUGAAAAUUCCCAGAAACUGGGUUAAUCGUGAAUUCUUGAGUGUUUUUGUGUUAGAUGGUUCUAAUGCGUCCUCGAGUUUGAGCAAAACUGCAUUCUACAACUAUUGUAUAUAUGUGAAGUUUAGUUCUUUUCUUUUCUUUUGCCUUGGUCUUUUCUUAGGAAAUGGGAUGAAACUUGCAUAGGAAUGGCAAAUAGCUGAUGGAGUCGAAUCUGCUCCUGUAUUUUGUGGUGCCCUUGUAUUUUCAAAGGAGGUACAGAGGGGGAUUGAGGGAAGCAAUAUUUUUCUCGUUUGAUGUGCAUUGCUGUUGCCAGAUAAAUGUGAAAAAACAAAUAUAAUACCAAUACUUUCUAGUUUAAUGGUAUAUUAAGUGUUAUUAUGCCUAAA